UCAGGUUUCCUGUUUGGAGGAGGAGGGGCGGGGAACCCGCAAAAUUCAAUAAAGCAAAAAGGGGAGGAGGAAGGAGGGGACUUGGCGGGGCCUUUGCGGCGGCCCAAGCAUUAGUGUCCCUACUGUGGCCUGAUCUGCUCGCCCCUGAACGGGCCGUGCCCGCCGCUGGCGUUCGGGAAGAGAGCCGGGCCGGCUAGCUGUGCGCGCCCAUUAAUCUGCCGGGCGGGCGGCGAGCGGGCGGGCUGGGGGCUGUUUGUAACUUUGCUGCCUCGGUCGCCGCGGUCCCCGGGGAGCGGGCUCCGGCGUUCGCUCCCAUUGGCCGCCGCCGCGUCAGCUGGUGCGAUUUGCUGCUGUCGCUUUUGGCGUUCGGCCAUCCAGAAACAAACCAGUUCGAUGACUACUAAUAGUUAUAGCCAGAUGUACUAAUACACAACAAAUCACAGUCCUGCAGAGGGGCGCGCAAAUGAGUUCCUAUUUUGUGAAUACCACUUUCCCCGGGAGCCUUCCCAGCGGCCAGGACUCCUUCUUGGGCCAGCUGCCCCUCUACCAGGCUGGCUAUGACGCGCUGAGGCCCUUCCCGGCCUCGUACGGGGCGUCGAGUCUCCCGGACAAGACGUACACCUCACCUUGUUUCUACCAACAGUCCAACUCGGUCCUGGCCUGCAACCGGGCGUCCUACGAGUACGGGGCCUCGUGUUUCUAUUCUGAUAAGGACCUCAGUGGCGCCUCGCCCUCGGGCAGUGGCAAGCAGAGGGGCCCCGGGGACUACCUGCACUUUUCUCCCGAGCAGCAGUACAAACCCGACAGCAGCAGCGGGCAGGGCAAAGCACUCCAUGACGAAGGCGCCGACCGGAAGUACACGAGCCCGGUUUACCCUUGGAUGCAGCGGAUGAACUCCUGCGCGGGUGCUGUGUAUGGGAGCCAUGGGCGCCGAGGCCGCCAGACCUACACGCGCUACCAGACACUGGAGCUGGAGAAGGAAUUCCACUUCAACCGCUACCUGACACGGCGCCGCCGCAUCGAGAUCGCCAACGCGCUCUGCCUCACCGAGCGCCAGAUCAAGAUCUGGUUCCAGAACCGCCGCAUGAAGUGGAAAAAGGAAAACAAGCUCAUCAAUUCCACGCAGCCCAGCGGGGAGGACUCAGAGGCAAAGGCGGGCGAGUAGAUGCCUGGGCAGGGACCAGGCCAGCGCUGCAACCUCCUUCGGCUUUGCCCCCUUGCCCUCGCCUGUUCCCCAAAUUUUCUCCCCGCCUGCUCCCAUCUGGGGGCUUCCGCAGCUUCAGGGGAGCCCGGAGCUUUGCAAGCGUCUGUGCAUUUAUUUCUUACAAAACAAAACAAAACCUCACACACAGCCAAUACCAGCGGUGGAGCGGGGCGCACUGCACACACCCAGUCCCGCUCCACAAGGAUGCCCAAACCGGCUCCGGAGUUCUGGGGUGCGCCCUGAAUGCGUCCGGGGCUCCUGUGCUAGUGUCUCUGAGCUCCCCGACCUCAGGACGCGGGGCUACUGGGGAGGAAAGAGCCCUGGGCCGAGCCCCGUUUCGUGUCUGGGCGUCUCUGCCUAGGUCCCUCGCCAGUAAGUCCCGAAGGGCAUCAUCAAAUCAUCUCUGGCCAGUGGAAAGAGGGGGUCUAAGAGCUGGAGCCCAGCCUUGUCGCGGCCUCCCAAGCCGCCUCCCAGAACAGGAAGGAAGCUCGAGGAACAAAGGGGCCCCAACAGAGCCCAGUCUCUCGGUCCCGCGUGUGCAACCGUCAGUGGAAGAGAAGCAGCCUCAGCCGAGGCGAGUUAACCUGGGCGCGGGUGGAACAUUAUAGCCCGGGGAGCCCCUGGGCUCCCUCAGGCUCCCGGCUCCGGAUUCCCGCUCCCAGCCUCCGAUAGCGCCCGCGUCGCCGCCACAGCAGCGUUCAGGACCCAACGAGGGGCCCAGGGCCAUGGGAGCCGCCAGAGUCCUGGCUUCCAGACGUGCCAGGGGCGCCUGCAACGCCGGGCCUCCAGCGGGGAGACUCCACUUGCCUCUCAGCUAUAUUUGUGAUUUACUUGAGUCUUUCGGAGCCGUGGAAAAUAACUACAGAGAUACUAGGCACUGCCAAGGAAUGCUUCCAUUAUCGCCCUCAUUUUACUCCUGGAGGUCUAAGCAAGACCCCAGUAACCCGCCCCACGGAUCCCCAGACCCCAAGCAGCCUCUGUGGCUGCAGGGAGCCUGGGCCCACUCACUGGGUUCAAGGAGAACCCUCCAACUUGGGGCCCGGCUGGCUCGAGGAACCGGACCCUGUGAUGAAGAUUUUCCAGGCUGGAUACGUAAGCAAAUCAAAUCGCAAACUAAUGACACGAAAACCAUAUUCACACGAAAGAAAAAUCGACUACGGUUAUAAAAGUGUAUGGAAUUUGACCUCGCCUUGGAGAAACACUAUACAAAAGCUAUCUUUAAUAGACGCCUGUCAUUUAAGAGCGGCAGGGACACUGUCCCUCAUGCGCUCGCAAAAACAGAGCCGUAAUUGUAGCUGCUGCUGCUGCGGGCAGGAUUUAUUUCUCCCAUUGGCUAAAUGGCUUUCCCCCUUCCCCGAAGGUGAUAUCUGUAUUUUCAAAAUUCAGAGCUGCUGGCAGGACGGUCAGUACCGACCCCAACCUCGACACAAAAAUAAGAGGGGCUGCAAAACGGGGGAAAUAAAGUUGUUGUAAAUAAAA